GCGGCUCUCUUCCAGUUCACGUCGACCAGUACCACUUCUACUUCGACAUCAGCGCCAUGGAGAAGGGCGAGCAGAUGCUGAAAGCCGAGUUCAGGGUCUUCAAACUGAAGAGGACACAUGUGUCUAGAAGGUCUGAUGUGAAACACUUCUGCAAAACAGGAUUGGACUUUUUUGCAAACCUGAAGACAGAUGUGGAGGAGCAGAAGACUUUCAUGGUGGAAGUGUAUGAGCUGUUGCAGAGUGGAAGUAAGCCACAAAAAAAUCUCAUUGCAUCAAGAUUAUUGUCCCUGUACACCGAAGGCUGGGAAGUAUUCAAUGUCACGCAGACGGUUUCCAAGUGGGUUGGAAACAGCAGCUCCAACCAUGGCUUUUUGAUAACUUCAACACAUGUAUCCAACAACAGAAUUGAGCACAACCUGGUUAAGUUUGCCAAGAGCCAGGGCACUUUGCAGGAGAGUAGAAAUGCUCUCCUUGUCCUCUUCACCAACAGUAACAAACGGAGGUCUUACAACUUUGUACCCUCUUCCACAAAACCAGAGACAAACCCUGCCAAAAAUGACGCUUCACGUGUGCCUCAUGAAACUGAGGUCAUCAAAAGCAGCAACGUAAACAUGAGCAGGAGACCUCGAGCUGCUGCAAUCCCUUCUGCCAAAAGCCACACAGCAGCAUGUCAUCGAAGGGAACUCUACGUUGACUUCCGUGCUAUUGGCUGGUCAGGAUGGAUUAUUUACCCCAGUGGGUACAAUGCAUUUUAUUGCAGAGGAUCCUGUCUUUUCCCCUUGGGGGAAAAUCUAAAUGCAACGAACCAUGCUACAGUUCAGUCCAUAGUCCAUACGCUUAAACUGUCUCAAGAUGUCAGCACACCUUGCUGUGUGCCAGAUGAAUUGAAGUCCCUCAAUCUUCUCUAUUUUGAUGACAAAGAGAAUGUGGUCCUUAAAAAUUAUAAAGACAUGGUGGCAACAAGGUGUGGAUGUCAUUAA